UCAGCACUCGUUGUCAUUUUCAUAUAUGAUUGGAAGAUCGACUGUUUCUGAUAUUAUUUCAGAAACCACGCAAGUGAUUUGGGAAACCCUGAAAAAAAGAUACGUUAAGUGCCCAACGAAACCCGAGGAGUGGCGCGAUAUUGCUAGAGGUUUUGAGCAGCGGUGGAAUUUUCCUAACUGCGUCGGCAGUAUCGAUGGCAAACAUGUCACAGUCGAAGCCCCAUGUAAUUCAGGAUCUGAGAACUUCAACUACAAAGGAAGCUUUAGCAAAAUUUUGAUGGCUGUGUGUGAUUCUGCAUACAAAUUCCUCUACGUGGAAGUUGGUCGCUCUGGUGGAGAAAGUGACGGGGGUGUCUUCGGAAGGAGUACGCUUUGCAAAGCCCUUGAGACGGGAAAGCUGGGUAUUCCUCAACCCACUGCAAUUCCAGGAGGACAUGUUGCCCCUUAUGUGAUUCUUGGGGAUGAAGCAUUUCCCUUGAAAGAAUACCUCAUGCGACCUUAUCCAAGGCGUUACAUAAAAACAGACAGUGAGAGAAUUUAUAAUUACCGUCAUGCUCGGGCAAGGCGUGUAAUUGAGAAUGCGUUCGGCAUACUAACUAGUCGCUGGCGCAUAUUGAGAAGGAGGUUUAAGGCCACUGACGAGAAUGUCAACAGAUACGUACUUGCAUGUGUGGCACUGCAUAAUUUCCUGCUAACUGAAAAAGAGGACAAAGACAAAUACUGUCCUUCCAGGCUAGUGGACACAGAAUCUUGGACUGGUGAGGUAAUUGACGGCGAGUGGCGACAGGAUGGUAAAACAGUGCCAGUGUUUAGACAAGCGUCAAAGUUAGGCUCAAACAGACCUUCCCGCACAGCGCAAAAAGUUCGUCAGACAUUUAAGAACUAUUUCAUGGGACCGGGACAAGUGGAGUGGCAGUUGGAUUAUAUACACAGGAAUGCUCCAAGGCAAUGAGCACAUGCUGAAGAGUGGUAGCAUGCCCUACUGUAUGUAAAUAAACAUUCACUCGCAUUUAAACAUCUUUAAUUUCAAGCAACGCCAUGUGACAAGCGUGCAUGAGCCUAUCUUGCUGGACAGGCGUCAAUUCCUUGGCUGAUUCCGCCAUAAAAUCAAAAAAAGAGUUGCAUCUAUGCACGGGUUGUUUCUGCGCUGUGGCGCUGACAGCUUGCAUAAAGGCUCCCGUCACCUGCUUCAUGUCCUCCUCGUUAGCAUCCUUUGUCUUGUGCCUGCAAUAAAGAUUUCAUUUCACAUUCUUGGACGUUUCUAGUCACUGUCUCAUGAUUUGCGUGUAGUAAUUGCGAACAAAAUCCAUGCCAAAGGUUUCGUUUAAGUGCCCGUCUGGAUCAGCUUCACUGUCAGAGGCUAUUGAAGGUUGUUUUGAGGCUUCAAUCUAAAUGAAACAGUAUCAUCGAAUAGCCUCCAUCAUAC